AUGGCUGACGAAAAUCCUCACCCUGUGGUGCAGUAUCUUAACGAACAGCCUGAACCCGCUAAUGAAGCUCCAGCACAAGCUCCAGUACAAGAACCUGUUCAACAAGAACAGCAAGCACCACCGCUUGAGCCACCCCGAGCUGACAAUCCCACUGGCGAACUUGAGGUAAAAAUAUAUACUGAUAUAUGAAAUGUCAUGCUUUCUUAUCAUCAACCUUGACAUAGCGAUAUGUAUUUUCUACACUAUACAGCUCCGACGAUAUUCUCAAUUUAUAUCCUGUCUAUUUGUGUAUGUGUCUAUUUGAGAACUCACCAUGUGUAUAUUUGGGUGAAAUUUCGCCUCAAUUCUGCAGUAUACGAUUGCCUGAGCGGACAAAAAUCAACUCCAAUAUCUGGCUGAGAGUUCAAGUCUAGUCUGAGCGAGAGUUCGCGGACAGGCAUUAAAAUAUUUGGGUGUGAGUUCACCAAGUUUUAUUGUACACAAUAGUCUGAGCAAGAGUUCGCAGACAAGAAUCAAAAUAUUUGGGUGAGAGUUCACCAAGUUUUAUUGUACACAAUUGUCUGAGUGAGAGUUCGCGGACAAGAAUCGAAACGUUUGGGUGAUAAUUCACCAAGUUUUCAUUGUAUAUAAUUGUCUGAGCGAGAGUUCGCGGACAAGAAAUCCAAAUAUUUGGGUGAGAGUUCACCAAGUUUUAUUGUACACAAUUGUCUGAGUGAGAGUUCGCGGACAAGAAUCAAAAUGUUUGGGUGAUAAUUCACCAAGUUUUCAUUGUAUACAAUUGUCUGAGCGCGAGUUCGCGGACAAGAAUCAAUAUAUUUGGGUGAGCGUUCACCAUGUUUAUUGUAUACAAUUGUCUGGGCGAGAGUUUGCGGACAAGAAUCAAAAUAUUGGGGUGAGAGUUCACCAAGUUUUAUUUUAUACAAUUGUCUGAGCGAGAGUUCACGGACAAGAAUCAAAACGUUUGGGUGAUAAUUCACGAUGUUUUCAUUGUAUAUAAUUGUCUGGGCGAGAGUUUGCGGACAAGAAUCAAAAUAUUUGGGUGAGAGUUCACCAUAUUUUAUUGUAUACCGGGUGUCCCAAAAAAAAGUACUCCGGUUUGAUUUAUAAUAACUUCUAAACAAGUAAAGCUAUCAAACAGAAAUAACUUGCAUUAAAUAGAGGAAGGACUAACUUAGAUUUUGAUAUAUUAUAGUUGUAUUUUACUUAAAAAUUCACGGAGAUAUUAAUGUUCAAAAUCGGGAGCAUAUUUUGGGAUGUGUCUAAAAUUAGCGAAAAUCGGCAUAUCAAAUAUUAACUCCAGCGUUUGUUUGUUUAAUGACAUAUCAGGCUAACUUGUAUUUCAGCGAAUUGUCGUCAGGGAUUGUAUAAAAAUAUGGUGUAGAUUUAGACAUCUUACAUCUAAGCUCAUUGUUUCCUGAAAUAUAAAUGUUCGUAUUAUAUUACGAAAUAUAAACGUAAAGUAUUUAAUAGGUCUUUAAUACAAAUUUAAAGGUACAUGAAAGACCAUUCAAGGCAGGCGCUUAAAUUUUUCUUAAAUAGCCUAUAUUUUUUAUGCUUUUCAUGGGUUGAAAACAGAGUUGAAUAUUUCUCGAUUAGAGCAGGAUGAAUAUUAUUUUUUAAUGAAGGAAAUAAUACUGCAUUUUGCAAAUACACAUCACAGUAUCAACGCUACUAUUUUGUUAUGUUUUGUUCCAAAAAUGUUGGAUGUCUCUGGGGAGUUGCUUGUUAUGUCUUAUGGAGUUGUAUGGUUUGAUUGUGUUUCAUUCUUAGUUUAUUCUGAACUUGCCAAGAUUAAGAAAAAGCAAAAAAGAUUGAGUGUUCUUAACAAGAUUUCAGAACGUUGCAAAAGUUAGAAGAGCUUCACAAUUCCAUUGUGACAGCAGCAUCCCCUAAUUCAGAACACGAACGAUCCAUGACGAUCCUUCGCGAUGCAGUCAGUGGUCUUAUGAAAUAAGGAAACGUACUCGUGCUAUAGAAACACACGCGGAUUUCGGACGAAUAAAUCUUCCUUGUAUUUUGUAGAUAACAAAUACUUUGUUUCAUAAUAAACAAUUUGUCAAGUGUCAUUUAUUUACUGGUAAUAGUGCAUGUUUCAGUCGGGCAAAUCUUGAUUAAUAUUUGAUACCCCGUUUUUUGCAUAUUUCAUACACAUCCAGAAAUAUGCUCCCGAUUUUAAACAUUAAUAUCUCCGCGAAUUUUUAAGUGAAAUACAAGUGUAAUAUAUCAAAAUCUAAGUUAGGGCUUCCUCUAUUUGAUGCAAGUUAUUUCUCUUUAAAAGCUUUACUAGUUUCGAAGUUAUUACGAAUCAAACCGGAGUACUUUUUUUUGGGACACCCGGUAUACAAUUGUCUGAGCAACAGUUCGCAGAUAAUAAUCACGGUGGUCAGUUGCUAAGUAGUUUUCUCCCGGAAGCACGGGCUCAGAUAUUCAUGCGGUAUUCCCCAUUAGACUAGAAUUUCCCUCGCAAAUUAUUUAAAAUAUGGCGGUCUUUGAGCAACUUUUAGCUGCACUUUCUUGCCUUCAACUCUGAUCAUCUGGUGAUGAUACCGAAAGAUCUGAUUGAUUUUGGAAUCGUUCGUCUGUAGCUAUGAAAUUUUCAGUGGAGCGUCUUUGGAUAGAUGCAGUUUGGAAGUGCAAAACUAAACCAAAUUAUGGUAUGCGUGGUAGAUGCCAUCCUUGAGGAGCGAGCUUCGAACAAGUUGGAGCUGACUGGGCCGCUUAUUGAUAGUUAUUUUCGUGAGUUGUGGAAAGCUAUGUACGCAAAGCUUGGGAGAUCAAGGAAUACUGGUCUUAUGCCGCCUGUUAAGCUCUUUGUGCCUUACACAAUGUUUCAACACUUGUGUAAUGUUGCAGUUGGCUAUGGCGGCUCAAUGAAAAGCAGCAAGACAACGCUGGCUGUAAAUAUUGAGUCUUUCGAAGCCGCUUCAAAAGUUUUCUCGCCUGUGAGAUUUGGGGGCCAGAAUUAUUUUAUAAAGAAAAGGCUACUCGACAAGGUGAGAGUGAACAGUCGCACUAUAUUGCAAUACUCUGGAAGAGCAUCUGUUGUUGUUGGGAAAUCAACACCCGUAAUAUUUGAUUACAACAUGAAGCAAGAAAAGCUAACUUUAACAUUUUAUGUUCAGCGCUAUGACAAGGCUGAUUUCUGUUUGGACUUACGACUUCAAGCCCUUAUGAACAAAGACUAA